AUGUCAAAAAAAGAAAUAAAUACAAGUCGUCCUAUUCAUCGAGUUGAUUUAUCAUUACCAGUUGUUCAAACAGAUUCAUAUGAAAUUUUUUAUACAGUACCAUCACAACAAAAUUUACGUACAAUAUCACCUCGAAAACCACUUAUUGAUAAUAAUAAAAAACUUACAGAUCAAACAGCAAGAAUUCGAUCACCAGCUCGUCUUAAACAUCUUAUUGGUCCUGUAUUUGUUAAUGUACUUGUUGAUACAAAUACAAUGACAGCUGAAUCAAUACCUGAUAUAACAUCAAAUCAUACAUUAAUAAAUUCUAGUUAUUCUAAUCGAACAUUAAAACAUUUACCAAUUAUAAAUAAACAUUCAAAACAAAAAAUUCUUAAAGAUGAUGGUGAACAUUCACGAUCAUCAUCAGGUGAUAGACUUCUUUAUGAAUCAUUUGGAUCAUUUGAUUAUAAUAAUAUAAAUAAAACAAAAUCAACUAAUAUGUGGCAAAAUUUUCAUCAUCCACAAUUAACAUCAACUAAAGCUUUACAUUUAAGAGCAUCAUCAAAACAUAAAUUAAUUCCAAAUGAUUUACAAUUAAAAGGUUUAAAUACAACAUCAUUAGAUAAUCUUUCACAAGAAUCAACAAUAUCAACAAAUGAUCAAUUAUAUGAAAGAAUUGAACAAUUAACAAAAAAUUAUUUUCCAAUAAUACAAAAAAUUCGUCAUAGUUCUCAAUAUCCAGAAUUAAUUAAUAAUCAAAAUAAUUUUCAUCGUCAACCAAGUCGAAAUUUUAUGCCAGUUUUAUCACGACCACGUAUUGUUCGAUAA